AUGGCUAGGAAAAUGUUCAUUGGAGGUUUGAACUGGGAGACUACGGACCAGUCUCUGCGUGAUUAUUUCUCGGAGUUCGGUGAGGUCCAGGAAUGCACUGUCAUGCGCGACAGCGCCACUGGUCGCUCGCGUGGAUUCGGUUUCUUGACCUUCCGCGACCCGAAGACUGUUAAUACUGUUAUGGUGAAGGAGCACUAUUUGGACGGCAAGAUUAUUGAUCCCAAGCGUGCCAUUCCCCGUGAUGAGCAGGAAAAGACCAGCAAGAUCUUUGUUGGUGGUGUCAGCCAGGAGGCUACUGAGCAGGACUUCAAGCAAUUCUUCAUGCAGUUCGGACGCGUGGUCGACGCUACUCUCAUGAUUGACAAGGACACUGGUCGUCCCCGUGGUUUCGGAUUUGUGACUUUCGACAGCGAAGCAGCAGUGGAGAACGCUCUUUCACGCCCUCUCGAGAUUCUCGGCAAGCCCAUUGAGGUGAAGAAGGCGCAGCCCCGUGGCAACCUGCGCGACGAUGAUGACCGACGCGGCGGCCGCCGCGGUGGAUAUCGUGACAUGAACCAAAACGAGGGAGGUCAACAGCAGGGUGGACAGCAAGGACCUGCGAGUGGCAUGACCCCUCAAGUCAUGGCCCAAUACUGGCAGCGUAUGCAGCAAUACUUCGCCAUGAUGCAGCAGCAGAUGGUCGCCUCCCAAGGCGGUGGUAUGCCCAACAUGAACAUGGGAGCCAUGAACCCAGCCAUGAUGCAGCAGAUGCAGCAGAUGCAAAUGAGACAGAUGCAGCAAAUGGGCAACCAGCAGCAGGGCAGCAUGAGCCCCAACCCUCAAAGCCCAGUCUCCCAGCAGCAGAUGCCAAACAUGGGUGCAAUGAUGCAGCAACAGCCCAGUAACGGCGGCAGCGACAACGCCAGUCCCGGCCCCAACGCGGCCAGCAUGUCAGGAAACUUCAACAACGCCAACCGCCAGACCGGCCCAGGCUACAACGCCCAUGAGCAGAUCGCCUUCGAGCAGCAGAAGUACGAACAGCAGCAAGUCCGCCGUUCGAUGGACCCUCGGGGAUACUCGCCUUACCAGCAAGGCGGGCCGACCUCAUGGGAAGGCAUGUACGAUGAAGUACCCCAGCCAAACAUCCCCACUGGACCCUCAGGUAUGAAGCGCGUCGGAAGUACGGGUAGUGGAUCCACCCCCACGCCACAGAGCGCCGCGCCAGCCAAUGCUCCCACGGGACCUCGCAACGCAGGCAAGCCCGGUGCAAACUACCGUGGCGGCGGCCGAGGAGGCCACCGCGGCUUCCACCCAUACCAGCGUUAAACCACUCAACAUGGAUAAAUGCAAGUGUUGCUAUUCUGUGUCUUAAAAUGUUACUGGCACGCUAGUUCUUUUUCUUUUCUUUUCCAAUCUGUGUUUUUUUACGUCUUUUUUUACCUGGGGCCUGGCUUCGCUUGUAACAAGAGAGGAAAUGGUAAGGUGGUCUGUGAUCUGUGAUUAUGACUGAGUCCCGAUGUCGAAUUCGAGCUCGAUUUUACACUCCCAGUUUUUU